AUGCCCAUUUAUUUUUUUGAAUUUUUAUAUCAAAGGCUUGAAUCCAAUUACGAGCUCAAAGAAGGCAUAUGUCUUCCCCGAUGUCUUCUCUAUCAACACUAUUUGGAUUAUACGCGCAAAAAUUCGUGUAAAGCUAUCGGCGCCGCGGCUUUCGGCAAAUUAGUGCGACAAAAGUUUCCCAAAAUCACGACAAGAAGACUGGGAACGAGGGGUCAGUCAAAGUACCACUACUACGGCGUCGGCAUCAGAAAGACGUCCAUAUAUUUUGCGGACGAAAAACAAAUACAAAACCAAAAUAAAAUUCAAAACAGUAACACGCUUUUAAUAAGUGAUAAAUAAAGAAAAAGUGCGAAACAAAGGCUUCAAAAUGCAGAC